CGCUGCUGCGCGUGCGCCGCGGCGCCAGUGGAUGCCGGGGGUGGCACUGACGCAGGACGGGAGCGGCGCUCGGGAUGGAGGAUGAGGAUUUCUUGUUGGCGCUCAGGCUGCAGGAGGAGUGGGAAGAGCAGGACAAAGCAGCGGCAGAGGCGCCGGCGGCAGCAGCAAAGCGCCCGGAUGUCUCGCCGUAUCGCUCGUCCCUCCGCCCGCUGUCGGUAGUGGACGAGGCCUGGGAGCUGCUGGACCCCAGCCCCGACGUGCACGCCCUGUUCGUGCAGUUCAACCAAACGCUCUUCUGGGGGAAGCUGGAGGCUGUCACGGUGUCCUGGAGCCCCCGCAUGACCAGCUCUGCUGGUGUCUGUUCAUAUCAUGAAAGAAGUGGUUUGUGUUCCAUUCGUCUCAGUGAGCCGCUUCUAAAGUUAAGGCCCAGGAAGGAUCUUGUGGAGACGCUGUUGCAYGAAAUGAUCCAUGCCCUGCUCUUUGUUACUCAUAACUUCAAAGAUCGUCAGUCUCAUGGACCGGAAUUCUGCAAGCACAUGCAUCGYAUUAAUGUCUUGACUGGAGCCAAUGUCACAAUCUAUCACAAUUUUUAUGAUGAGGUAAAUUUGUACCGCCAGCACUGGUGGCGAUGCAAUGGCCCCUGCCAGAACAGAGCGCCCUACUUUGGAUAUGUGAAGCGCUCGAUGAACAGAGCACCCUCUGCACAAGACUUUUGGUGGGAUGAACAUCAAAGGACAUGUGGGGGCACAUUCACAAAAAUCAAGGAGCCAGAGAAAUUCUCACAGAAGUCCAAGCAGAAAACUCAGCCAGCAAAACUUCCACAUUUAAAGUCAAGUAACAAAGGCAAGACACAAACACAUGGUAUGCAAGACCUGAUGCCAUUUAGUGGAAUAGGAUAUCGGCUUGGAGGAGGAGACAGGGUACUUUCAGAAAAAAACACAAAUGCCAGCAGUACCAUUGGAAACAGUGAAGCACAUGGCUCACAGCAUCAUUCAGCAGUAAGGACAAUGUCAAUCCCUAAAAAUGARACAAAACGGGAAAAACUUCCCCAUAGUUCCAUCUUUCCACUUCAUACUGAUGGUGCCCAUGAGAAGAUCAACUUGGCCUUAAAGCGUCAGUUUCCAAAAUCCUCUGCUUCUGAUACUGAAGAUUACGAGAAYGACUGUGGAUUGCCUGCUAGGAUGGCUCGUGUUGCUGGAGAAACAUCAAGCCAAGGCUCACCAGCUGACAAGAGGGCUGUGCCAUCUCCUAACUGGACACCAAAACAARUGCGUUUGGAGCAGACCCAAACAGCUCAGGGUGCAUCUGAGAAAAAAAGCUUAGAAUGUGCUAAUACACUGCAGCGAUGGCCAAAAAUGGAAGACAAAACUGCCUUUGAAAAUUAUUUCAUCAGAAAGGGUGGUACUGAUGUCACUACAACUACAAAAACCAAAGCUGAAUUUACACAGUCCUCUGCAAGUCCUAGCAAUCCUGUGAGGCAGAAUGGAAAAGUCCCUUGUCCUGUCUGUGAGACUGAAGUUUUGGAAUCUGAAAUAAAUGAACAUCUUGAUUCUUGUCUUGCAUAAAACAACAGAAAGCUGUAACUGACGUCCAUAUCCUCCACUAGUUAGUAAAAGUUGUGUGGUACGCUGCUAGGAAUACUGGCAAAGGCUGUUCCUGGACAUAUCAUGAAAGCUUCCAUGAUUUCCCAGUUAAAGCUCCGGUGCUAUACAGGACAAAUUAGGAUUAAAGUGACAUUACCUGGCAGUCUUUAUUUUGCUUCUUUGGGAAGCCCGCCAGCUKGGUGGUUAGCAGGCCAGUCAGUACCAAAGCCAUUGUGCCACCAACAAUUGUGAAUWCCAGGCCCAUGUGUCUUCUAUAUGAGCUUCCUGAAAUGUUCGCUUGCUGCACUGAGGUACUUCAUGGGUUAAUCAGUUUUACUGAUCUUAAAUAUAUUUGCUUAAGCAUAAAAAUUGUUCUGUAUAAAUAGUUUUUAAACCAAAUCGUUUUAUAUCUUGUUACUAUAAUUUUAAAUGGCUGUAUCAGCCGGGUUCGUACAUGUUUACCAUAUUACUGCUGCUCUCUUAACUCAUUUUAAAUGCUGUGAUUUUUUAAAAAAUGUUGACACUAAAGAAGUUUAAUGUAAAUCACUUUGUUCUUGCAUACUUAAAAUAAAUUUAAAAUACUUA